AUGCAAUCCAGGAGAUCAAAGAGCAUCACUGGCAAGAGAAAGCAAGUAGGAAACAGUGUGGCGAGGGUGAUCAAGCCGCAAAAGACGAGAAAGAUAAUACGAAGAUUCCACCAUUUAAUUAACAAACGAGAAUCUAUAUGCCAGUUUUUAUGUCUUACGGAGGGUUUAGAUGAGGCCAAUGAGAAGAAAAAUGAUAUGAUUAUCUUAGCCAGCACUAAGGGUAAUGCAAAUCUAAGCAAGUAUUAUGAAGACGGCAAAUCACAAGCCUUCAAUGAAGUUAUGGAAGCACAACUGUUAAAGUUACAUUCCUUGGUCAAUAAUGAAACAAACUCGAAAGAGGCAUGUGAUCUCGCUACAAUGUACACAUUACUUGGUUAUAUAAUGAAUCAAAUCGAUGCGCUGGGCGGAUUGGAAACUUAUCAAAUUGCCAGUCAAAAUGGACAGUUGAAGGGACGUGGAGGAGACACAUCCAAAUUACUCGAGAAAUGGACCCGACCCCUGUUAGGAAACCGUUCUGGGGCCAUCGCGUUGGAAAUUGGUUCGCUAAGUUCAGAAAACCGUAUAUCACAGUGUGGGCUCUUUCGAGAGGUUGUUCGUAUAGAUUUACAAAAGCACGAAGGCGUUGCAAAGCAAGACUUCAUGGAAAGACCGCUACCGGAAAGCGAAAACGAUAGAUUCGACUUGAUAUCCUGCUCCCUAGUCCUGAAUUUUGUCAAGAACCACAAGGACCGUGGUGCGAUGUGCCACCGCAUGAUUGAGUUCCUGAAGCCACAAGGCUACAUCUUUAUCGUUCUUCCACAAGCCUGCGUGGCGCACUCAAGGUAUUGCAACGAAUCACUGCUACAGAAGCUCUUCGCAUCGAUUGGGCUCAUACUGCUAAACAGCCACCAGAGCGACAAACUAUACUAUUGCCUGUACCAGUUGCAGAAGGCUCCAUCACAGCUCAAGGGCUUUUCAAAGAGAGUUAAAAUCAACGAUGGCCCUGGGCUGAACAAUUUUGGCAUUACCCUCUGA